AUGGCUGAAGCACAAACAAUUUCAUCUUGCCAAUUAUGUCAAAAGAGUGGAAAUGUUAAAUGGAAAUGUGUAAGUUGUCAACUAAUGCUGUGCAAUACUUGUAAAUCAAAUAUCCAUCCAAAAUUCAAACUUGCGGAUGCACAUUUUAUCAUUGAUAUUAAAGAUGUAGGGACAAGUAUUGAAUACUCUUACAAAGAAAUCGAAUAUGGAAAAUGUAGUUGGCACAUAAAUCAGGAUACCAAUUUGUAUUGCAAAGAUUGCAGUAGUCUCGUUUGUCCUAAAUGUGUUUCCGAAACUCACCAACAUCACGUUUUAAUUGAUACCGAUCAAUUGUACACAGAGAAAGAAAGCCAAGUUUUAAAUCUUAUUGAGUUAUACGAACAGAAAAUUACGGCAGUUCAAAAUAUCAACGAAGUUUGUCAGAAAAAAUAUAAAGAAUCUAAAGAUAAAAUAAUCAAAAGAAGGGACGAUCUGACAACACUAUUGAAUGACCAUUCAAAACAUAUGUUAUGUCAACUAGAGGAGAAAUGUGAAAAUUCGAACUUAUGCAGUAAAUCAGAAGAUUUGAGUAAAACGUUGGAUCUACUGUUGACAUGCCGACGAUCAAAGCGUGCAGAUUUAUUAUUAGAAACUUUAAAUACUAUUCAAAAUACAGAUUUACAACAAGAUCUUAGAGUAUAUUUCCCUAGAUUUGUGAUGGGAAGGCCAUUAUCACGCAAAAUGAUUGAAACGUUCGGUUCAUUUCAGGAAGAAAACGUGGUAGAUCCAAACGAGGAAAUAGAACUGGUAUUGAAGAGUGUGUACGUAACUUCCCUUAAAUUGAUAAAACGAAUAGUAGAAAUUUCAGAUGAAAGAUUUUAUGUCAUUGACGAUUCCUCACUUUACCAUGUUGAAUUAAAGAAAGAAAAAAAAUUGCAUAUUAAAAAGAUAGUCGAAAUCAAAGCGUUUGACAUUUCUUUUGACAUAACAAAGUCCAAAGAAAUCAUGAUAGCUUUGCAAAAAGAAGGAAAAAUUAUGAUUCUAAAACACUCUCUUAAAAUGAAAUUAUUCCACUCGUUUUCUGGUCUUUUACCAAGGGCAAUACAUAUUACCAAAGAUGAUAAAGUUAUUGUUGGAGUUCGAGAAGAAGGCGAAUUAGAACUCCCGCCAGGUGAAGAUUGCAGACGACAGAUCAUAAUACUUGACAUAAACGGACUAGAAGAAAAUGUAUUUGAAUAUGACAAAGAUGGGAAACGCAUUGUUUCAAUGCCAAUGAGAAUAAAAACGAACGCUGAUGAGGAUAUGCUUAUUAUUGACAGGAUUUCAAAACUGGAAGGACGAAUACUAUUCUUGACGAAAAACGGUAAUGUUUCUGAAGUGUACAACGGAGAUAAAACCGCAUUGAAUUUAUUUAAACCAUGGGAUCUGGUGGUUACCGCAAGAGAUAACGUUAUUAUUUCUGAUAUUGCGAAUCAAUCUUUUCACAUCUUGAACAGUCAUGGACAAUUACUUAAAAUGCACAGAUCAAUUGAUUUAGGACUUUCUUUUCCAUUUUCACUUGUAAUGACAAAAGGAGGUGACCUAUUUGUUGAAUCCCACACAAAUAGUAUGGAUGAUAUCACAGAAACACGUAAAUCUAUACACAUUUCCCGUGUUACCGUCAAAGGAAUAUAA